AUGUUCGUCCCACAGAGAUUCAACCCAACCCAGAAGAGCCUUUGCCAAUUUUAUGUUGGCAAGACCAUUUACAAUGUGCCCAAGCCCUGUUUGGUGCUCGAUCGAGCAAAGAUGCGUCGUCACUGUCAGUCGCUUUCGGCGGCGGCUGAUGCUCUGGGCGUCGACUUUCGGGCCCAUACAGUCCAAGGCACCAGACUGCAGGUUGACAAAGCGCAAAACGUUAAACUUGUGGCUUCAACCAUUGCCGAGAUUGAACAUCUACUUCCCCUCCUCGCCGAAUAUCAAGACCAGGGACGUUGUGUAAAUGUCUUGUACGGUAUCCCUCUACCCCAAUCCCAAGUCAGUCGACUGGCUACACUCGGCCGCAAACUUGGGAAGAGCCUGUCCGUCUUGGUGGACCAUGCAGACCAGCUCACGCACCUGACUAGGUUCCACGACGAGGCGGGUUUCCCGGCUGGCGUCUACGUCAAAGUCGACACUGGCUACCACCGGGCCGGCCUUCCCCCGUGGGGCAUGAACAAGGACAGCCUUCUUUCGAAACUGAUUGCCCUGGAUCAGCAGGGCACAGUCGACUUUGUCGGCCUGUACUCUCACAGCAGUCUCAGCUACAACGACUCGACUCCUGCUCAGGCCAUGGCAAAUCUCGAGGACGAGAUUACUGGUUGCAUCGAGGCCCUAGCAAGAAAUGCUGAGAUCUUUCCUAGAAGCAAGACCCUGACCAUUAGCGUUGGUGCUUCUCCUCAGGUGUCGUCUAUUGAAAACCUCGUCACGGAGAGCGGCAAACUGUCACCGGCUGCCCAAUCACUCCACGCUGCGAUGCAAGCUGUGUCGGACAGCAGACCAUAUGGUGUCCAGACCAGCCUCGAGUUGCACGCCGGCGUGUAUUCCAUACUGGACGUACAGCAGCUGGCGACUAAUUCCAGGGCCAAGCUCGGAGGAUGUGAGGACGAGAUUGCCAUCUCCGUCGUGUCUGAGGUGUGCAGCGUGUACAACGACGGUGAGAGGGAACAGUCAGAAGCAUUGAUUUCUGCGGGCGUCCUUGCUCUCGGACGGGAGCCAUGCGCUGCGUACAGAGGAUGGGGUGUCGUCGACUGCUCAACCUUCGCGUCAGAGGUCGUGGCCGGCCGGCAAAUCAUUGUCAGCCGAGUCAGUCAAGAGCAUUCCAUUCUUGAGUGGGAUAGCCACACUGACGGGUACGAAAUUGAUCCCCUUCCCCUCACCGUUGGUCAAAGCAUUCGAAUCUAUCCCAAUCACGCCUGUAUCACAGGUGCUCUUUACGGGUGGUAUUUGGUAGUAGACUCGGACCUGUCUGGUCGUGAAACGCAGAUUGUCGACGUGUGGUGCAGAGCCAGUGGCUGGUAG